AUGGUAAUCGUAGGUGCAUGUGCGAAUGUUGAAGUGUUACGAUUUAGAGGUGCACCAAGUUUAGCGAAUCAUGUAGGUGUUUGGCAGAAAUGCAUUGCAGACUCGAAAUGCCUGCCGAAUCUAAAGUCAAUUGAGUUUCGAUUAGAUGUUGUUCAGGAUGAUCAAAUUAAAGAAAUUGAGAUGGAAAAGCUAGCGAACGAGCAGUGUAAGCAGCUCUUGAAAGAGUUAGCAUUGCAGCGACCUACCGUCUCUAUUAUGAAUUAUGAAGAGAAGGCGGCUGCGAUGACAGAAAAUUAG